GUUAAACUUCAGCUUAACUCCCAAUAGCCUGAGUGCAAAGGUAGUGCCACCCUCUGUAGAAAAUCCUCCUCCUGUAGCAGGAGCCCCAUUUACUGCCGACAGGUUGAAGGGCAGCAGGUAAAGAAGAGGAACGCACCAUGGCAAACGCUUCAGAUCAGAAGGUGGAGUUCGUGCGAACAGGUUACGGCAAGAAAACGGUGAAGGUGCUGGUCGUCCGGAGGCAGGGAAGACAGCAUUCUAUCAUUGAGGUGAAGGCUGACGUGGAGCUCACGCUCAAGUCACGCAAAGAUUAUCUAACUGGAGACAACUCAGACAUCAUCCCUACUGACACCAUUAAAAACACCGUCCACGGUUUGGCCAAGCUCAGAGGGAUAAAGAACAUCGAACAGUUUUCCCUGGAUAUCUGCAGUCAUUUCCUAACCUCUUUUAACCAUGUGCUGAAGGCCAAAGUUUACAUGGAGGAGGCUCCGUGGAGAAGGCUGGAGAAGAAUGGGGUAGAGCAUGCUCAUGCGUUUAUAUUCAGCCCAGAAGCUUACCGCUUCUGUGAUGUUGAACAGACUAUCGGUGGCAUCCCUGUGGUUCACAGUGGGGUGAAGAAUAUGAAGGUGCUGAAAACCACCCAGUCUGGUUUUGAAGGUUUCUACAGAGACCGCUUCACUACUCUGAAAGACGCCAAGGACAGGUUUUUCUGCACCUCUGUGUACUCUAGGUGGCGCUACAACAAGAUCCAGGACACCGACUUUGACGCUGCUUGGAAGACUGUGAAGGAGACAAUUAUUGAGAAGUUUGCUGGCCCCUAUGAUCACGGGAAGUACUCGCCCUCAGUGCAGAAGACCCUGUAUGAAACUCAGGUUCUAGUCCUGGAUCGACUUCCUGAGGUGGAUGAAAUAGAGAUCAUUAUGCCCAAUGAGCAUUACUUCACCAUAGACAUGACAAGAAUGGGUAUUGUCAACAAUGAUGAAGUAAGUUCUGUUCUCACAAAUAGCCCUUCAUAUUCUUUAAAUGAUCGGGUUGUUGACAUUAAUAUAAUUUUUCUCAUCACAGGUACUUCUUCCUCUGGAUAAUCCCUCAGGGAACAUAACGGGGACAGUACGCAGGAAGCAGCGAGCGCGGCUCUAAUGGCGCCCAUAGAAAGAAGGUGCUGCUGGGAUUUAAACAACAAUCUGAGUGGGCCGUUUAACAGAAAGGUCCAUCUGAAUGAACCUUUCAGAUGAAUAUUCCAACAACAGCAAGUUAAUAUUUGUAGCCUGACUAAAGCUCGUGAUGAUGUGAUGUGAACCCAAAUAAAAUGAAACAAAAGA